UUGUAAAAGAAAAAGCCUUGUUGAGGGAUUUUUGUUCCCAUUUCAAGUGAAGGAAUGAAAGAAGCCAAAGUUGCUGGGUCCAAGCUUCAAUUGAAGGGUCAGCUAAAUAUGAGUUAUUUCAUCACCAUCCCAAGCAAUUGUAUGCCCGUGAAUGACUAGACAAAUCAGACUCGUGAGGGGCAUAUCUGCCAUCGCAGCCUUGUUUAGAGUAGAUUCCUGCAUGAUAAUAGGAGAUUCCUGCAUGAUUUUACAGCUCAUUGUUGCUACUGUGUUGUCUUUCAUAUAGUGAUGGGUGGAGCAGAUUUAUUUUGUUUGGAAAAUGCUUUGUCAAAUCAGCUCACGGGUAAGAUGUAGCCUCCACAAAGCUAUAUUGAAGAGCUUAUGUUGUACAAGCCCCCAAAGUAUCACUCUUCGGAACCAAACUGUAUUCUCUAAUCACAUCAUGUAUGCAAUGGCAUCAGCAUCAGCUCCUCCGCCACUGCUGCCGGAGCACAUUAAACCAUCGUUUUGUCGGACAUUGACUACACGGUCAUGCUUGUACCGCAUGGUAAGUUGGAAAAUUCAUAUGUAUUUUACAUGCGAGGCUUGCUUUCCAAACUAACAACGACACAUACUUUUUUGACAUGAAGGUUAUUCCUUAUGAAUGGAUGUGCGAGCAUGGAGGUAGCUUACCUAAUCUCUGCAGACUCCAAAUGCUCAAUGGCCUUGAAUGGGUGGUGGGCGUAACAAGGGAUGGUCGUGAGAGCUACUUUGAUCAAAACUGGAAUGCAUUUGUAUCUGCUAAUAGUCUCGGGAUGAAACACGUCGUUGUUUUCAGUUACCACGGUGAAGGCGAAUUCAAGGUCAUGAGGUUCAAUGCAAGUGGUUGUAUGCCAUCGACCGAUAUCUUCGUUCAAACUAAUGACUUUCCAGAUUGGGAGUACAAUCCCAAGCGUAAGGACAAAUCAUACUAUGAGGAAUUUAGUGAAUCAGAAUCCACUGACGACGACGACACGGGAUGUCCGGUUAGACGGGUUGAGGAGGUGCCGACCCUUCCCUCUUUUACCAUUAUCCUUCUUGCGUCGCAACUGGACCGGAUCAUGUGCUUGCCUGAAAUUUGGUGGAAAACCCACAUUGCUGACCAUAACAAAAUUCAAUCUGUGAAUCUUUUGGUUGGUGAUCAUUCAUGGAAUGUCUACGUCAAGAUUCAAAAUGAUAACGUGAAAAUAAUUCACGGUUGGAACAAAUUUGUAGCAGACAACAAUCUCGCCGUAGGGAGCAUGUGCAAGUUCGAGUUGUUACCGGCUGAAGUCACAAAAUUUCGGGUAUCUUUUUAGUUAUGGAACCUAUGUAACUUUUAAAUAAUUGUACAAAGUGGACCCAAAUCAGAAUGUAUUUCAGUAUGUGGAUGUUGCCUGUAGUUUAAGCGAA